AUGUCUUUGACACGGAUAUCACCCAUUUUGGAGGCGUGGUACAAGUGGAAGUCGCUCAGACUGCCAUGGCGCAAACGCUUCCUUGUCGGCAUGUCCCCCUCCCCGGCCGAUUCCUUCUGCGAACGAUCAUGGAGACUAACACGCUCGGUUCUAGGCCGUGACCUGCAGGGCUACACUUUUUGGGAGUUUCGAGAGACCCGUGGAAAUGGCCCUGGCCGCUUUCGCCGCAUCGUCAACUAUCCCCGAUCGACCUACCUCUCCGACGUGAAGGUGUCGCCGCUGUGGCACCAAUGGCUGCGCUACACCCGAGAGGACCCCCCGACACUCGAAGAACAAACACGAGAGGCAUUCCGACAGGAGCGGAUGAAAGUGCUGUCGGCGCAGGCAGACGCGAGAUGGGAGGCAAAGCCAAGGCUGACCGAUUUCCCCGGUCAGCAGACCGGUCAACCUCUGCCGUCGUUGAACACUGCGCAGACACAGCCCAUAGCGCCUGAGCUGGAAGCAACAAACGCGAACGCGAAGACUACAGAAUCGCCGAUGGAGCAGGCCCAGCCCGCGACCGAGGCGAAGAAGAAAUAUGGCAAGGACCCUUGGGCGAAAGCCAGUGGACCAAGUGAGGGCUGGCAGCCAGAAGCUUGGGUACCGCCAGCAGGGAAGAAAUGA